AUCUCCAGUCACAUACACGCUUCUCUUAAAGCUAAAAUAGGUAUGCCUACGCAGAACACAGCGCCGGGCACUGUGGUGUACGAGGUGGUGGCGACGGACCCAGACGACCCCACGCAGCCCUCCGGCCAGCUCCACUACUACAUCCAGCAGAGCGAUGACCUCACUCCCGCCUUCACCAUCGAGAGGCGGACCGGUGUGCUGCGCACGCGCGGCGCGCUGGACCGCGAGCGGCGCGCGGAGUACGCGCUGGUGGUGGUGGCCGAGGACGCGGGCCGCCCGCCGCUGCGAGCCACCGCGCUGCUGCGCCUCGCCGUCGCCGACCUCGACGACCACAAGCCGCACUUCGCCAGGAACCUCGACGACCCUCCAGUGGUGAUGUUGGUGCAAGAGGAAGUCCCAAUCGGUACCGAAAUCGGGAGGCUGCGAGCCAUAGAUGAAGACAUCGAAGAAAAUGCAGCGAUCGACUACGCCAUCAUAUCGGGCAACGAGCUGGGCGCCGUGCGGGCGGAGCGCACCACCAGCAACGAGGCGCGGCUGGUGGCGGCCGCGCGGCUCGACCGGGAGCAGCUGGACCGCCUGCUCAUCACCCUCAAAUGUUUCAAGCACGGAACCACCCCGACACUCACCGACGCAUACAACAGACUGGAUCCGUCGCAUAUCCAGGUGUUGAUAAAGGUGGAAGAUUUGGACGACAACAUACCCGAGUUCGUGGGCGGGAACGUGACGGUGGGCGUGCGGCUGAACGUGGCGCCGCACACCGCGGUGGUGACGCUGCGCGCCGCCGACGCCGACCCCGGGGCCGCCCCCCUCCGCUAUCUCCUCGCCGCGGCCUCCUUCCAGUCACCUAUUCAGGAGAAGUCGUUGUCCAAUGUUAGUGAUGUAUUUUCACUGGACAACGUGACCGGAGAGCUGAAGAUCGUGCGAAACCUCAUUCACUACGCGGACGGGAUAUUCAGGCUGCGGGUCCUGGCUUGUAAUUCGGACGAGGCCGAUCGUUGCGGACAGGUGUGGGUCGAGGUGACAGUGGUUCGCGAGCGCGAGCUGCUGCGGCUGGAGGGCGCGGGCUGGUCGCGGCGGAGGCUGGGCGACCUGCAAGCUGCACUGGACGCAGUGCUGGCACCCCGAGCUCUUCGACUCCAACUGCAUCUGCACGACGCCGCCGCACACACGCAUCUCGGGCCGUGCUUCCAACUGCGCUCGGUGGAGACGGGCAGCGCCCAGACGGCGCGCGCGAUGCUGGCGACGUUGCGCGCGCUGGACGCGGACGUGCGCCGCGUGCUGGAGCAGUACUCCGUGCGCAACGUGACGCGCUGCGGCCCGGCGCCCGCCCCGCCCCGCGCCGCGCACACCGCCCUCCUCGCCCUCGCCGCCGCGCUGCCCCUGGCCGCCCUCCUCACCGCCGUCACGCUCUGCUGUAUGCACGAUGCCGCAAAGAAAAGUUCCCGCAAAGCCUUGGUAGGGGUUGCGCCGAGCCGCCUCUACAGCGAGCCGCUCUACUCGUCCUGACGCGCGGCGGUCGCCCCGGACUCUCCACCGGAAGACUAAUGCGACCAACCAACCACUAAUGACCUCGCCAGAACAUCAGCAAAUAUAUAUAAUUGUAUCAAACGUUUGAAUCCUUAAUUACGCUAGUUUAUUGUUCGUUGUGAUCAGCCAUAAUUAGUACGAUCUCUAGAGCACUGCACUGUGCAAGCUGUCGUCGCGAACUACGCGCAACUAAGGUUGCCUGUCCACCGGAGCGGAGCGAGGCAGUGAAGCGAAGAAACGAAGAAAUAUUAAUCAAUAAGACUGCACAAAAUCUCCGCUCUUUAGUGGACAAGGAGUUGCGAGCUAGUUUAAAAAUUCAUACAAAACCGGUAAGCGGAGUGGUAUAGCGGAGCGAGGCAGCGGAGCGGGGAAGCGAGCGCGGGUGCGGGCGCCCGCAGUAUGAACUGACUCGUCACCUAGGUACUAAACUCCGCACCGCAUUACUUUUUCGCUCCGCUCCGCUCCCUCGCUCCGCUCCAGUGAACAGACACAGUACGCAACUCCGCUCCGCCUUACUCCGUUGCUCCGCUCCGCUGCCUCGCUCCGCUCCAGUGGACAGGCAGCCUAAGGAUCCUCUGAGUCCUCUGACUGAGAAAAUUUAACAAAUAUUUAUGUAUUUAUAUUUAUGCACUUGCACGGUACAUUAGAUACGCAAACGUACAUGCGUAUUGAUGUAGAGAUUCUGAUAGUUAGUGUUAACGAGUAGGUACUAGUUGUAAUGAAUAACUUUGGGUGGCGAUGUUUCUGUCCAAAACUCCGACAAAACAAUGUGAUAUAAUAUGUUUAUUGAAAUUUUACAAAUUACAUUCUAAGUCAUGACGAAAUAAUGUACAUACAUAUAUUAGUAUUU